CUCCGCUCCGGUCGUGUGGGCAGGGUGUUCCAGGACGCCCCGCGCAGACGUGAUGUUUCAGCUGCAAAGCAAAUUAUAAAAAAAAAAAAAGAAAAGAAAAGAAAAACAACAGACACGAGCGCUCCAGACUUUAUUUGUGACCAUUUCCCAUUUUCCCGACAGUCGCCCUCCUGAAGGGUUUCCAACACAGACAUCUUGUCUUGUGGGCUCUCCAAAAGCAGAAGACCACCGAGCCCCUUUACGUGGCCACGUCACCGCCAACAACAUGCAAUCACGGAUCCAGGCAGUCGAUGUGACCGGGGGGUGAAGUAACAGGCUGCUGCUGCUCCGCACACACACCAGGAGAAACUUUCUUCCCUGGCUUGUGCCCGCUGAACUGUGACCGCUGCUAUUUUUUUCUUCUUCUUCUUGCGCACCGCCUCUCACUUUAUUUCUACGUGGGCGAGCAGUGUGUGCGUGUAUUUCUGGCACCUCCUCCACAGAUCUGGUUGCCCCCUUGUACCUUACAAGCAGCACCAUGCAUUUCUUCUGCGCCUCUUGGCUACUAUAGUUAGAGCAAGAUCCCGAGAUUUCAACCCCCUUGCUUUAGCUGACUCCCCCCCCUCCCCUCUAUAACUCUGUUUGGACUCCGGGCCGUGCGUCAUGCCGCGACACCUGAAGCACACCUCGGUUCCGUUGCAGGACCGCAUGGUUCCUUUGUAACUGGAUCUACUUUUUUAUUUUUCUGGAGGGAUAGAGGGGCAUGCUCUCCUCUUCUCUGGAGAACACUUGCAAAGAGGAGAAGAAAGUAGAAAGGCGAGGGUGAGCAGCAGCGACCAGGAGGAGGGAGAGAUCAUCUUAGAGAGUGCAACUUCGGCUACUUGUAGAUGUUCGAUCAGGCCACGACUAUGGGCGAUGGGAACCACCGCUGUGGACCCAACCCGCUGUGUCCGGACCGGAUGGAGACCAAGUGCCGCGCCGAGAUAGGGAGCCGGUCCCCGGUUCAGAGCACCACUGACACCCCGGGGACAUCGGCGUCCACUCCGACGUCCUCCAGCGAAGAUGGACACGACAAACUUUUGGGAGUGGACCCCGACUACUGUCGGAGGAUACUAGUAAGAGACGCCAAAGGCACCAUCCGCGAGAUCGUGCUACCGAAGGGCCUCGACCUGGACCGGCCGAAGCGCACGCGGACCUCCUUCACGGCCGAGCAGCUGUACCGGCUCGAACUCGAGUUCCAAAGGUGCCAGUACGUCGUGGGCCGCGAGCGCACCGAGCUCGCGAGGCAGCUGAAUCUCUCUGAGACACAGGUCAAGGUUUGGUUCCAAAACCGGCGGACCAAGCAGAAGAAGGACACCACCAAGGAUUCAGACAAACGCUCGUCCUCCUCAAACGAGUCGUUGGCCACCUGCAACAUCCUGCGCCUCCUGGAGCAGGGCCGCCUCCUCUCGGGCCCCGUCCCGCCGCCGAACUCCCUCCUAGGGCCCCCGCAUCUGGCAAACGGCUCCCUGCUGAGCAGCCCGGGCGGAUGCUCCUCCACCUCUCCGGGGAUCAGCAGCAGCACUCCUCCCAACUCCCUAGUAGGGGGGAAUUUCGGGCUGUCGCUGCCCUCGCUGGGCGGCACCCCACCCUCACCGCGGCUGGGCCUCCCGCCGCCGCACUCCCUCUGCUUCUCCAUGCCGCUGCUGGGGGGCGCCCAUCAUGAACUGACAUCCGUCUACGGCUGCGGCUCUUCCGCUUUUGAGCCGUACAUGCGGCUGGACAGGAAGGAGGCAGAUCUGGGAGGGAAGAAGACUGUUUCUUAAGUAACGUGUCCCUCUUUUAGGACACCAGGGGGGCUGGGACUUUGAUGGAGGGCGUUUGUCCUCAGAUGUUCGC